UCCGUUCUCGCUCCCGGUCCCCGGUUUGGAAGAACCGGUGGUUGCGGCUUUUCCGGUCACCACAGACGUGGGCAGAGCGGAUUGAGGCAGCACUGGAGCGGUGCGUGUGUGGGCCGAGGCCUCCUUCCAGGGCGGCCCUGACACCAUCGGGGAUCCUCAGCGUUAUUAAUUCCAUAUAAUCACGAAUAUUUUCCCUUUUUCCACAGUUCAGUGCCGCGGUGAAUAAAUCUGUGGGGAAAGCAGGAAGGAAGGAAUUAAAUCCCUGUGGAGCCUCAGCCAUGGCAAACGAGGACAGGGACUACAACCUGACCCAGGAGCAGAAGGCUGUGAAAGACAAGUACCCCCCUCUCUGCAAGAAAUAUGAAUAUUUGGAUCACACAGCAGACGUGCAGCUCCAUGCCUGGGGGGACACGUUGGAAGAAGCCUUUGAGCAGUGUGCCAUGGCCAUGUUUGGCUACAUGACAGACACAGGCACUGUGGAACCUGUGGAUACAGUGGAGGUAGAGGCAGAAGGGCAUGACCUGUUGUCUCUUCUCUUCCACUUCCUGGAUGAGUGGCUGUAUAAAUUCAGUGCUGAUGAGUUUUUUAUACCCAGGGAAGUGAAAGUGCUUCACAUUGACCGAAGCCAAUUCAAAAUAAGAUCAAUUGGGUGGGGAGAGGAGUUCUCUUUAGACAAACACCCACAGGGCACAGAGGUCAAAGCCAUCACUUACUCAGCAAUGCAGAUCUGUGAGGAUGAAAAGCCAGAAGUCUUUGUCAUCAUUGAUAUUUAAAGGAAGAAAAUUGUGGUUGAGUGGAUAUUGGUCAUCAGCUGGCAAAAACCCCCUAAAACUGUAAUCCCUGUGGAAAAAACUCAGGAAUUGGCCAGUUAAAUCAGAAAUUGAAGGGAGUAAUUGCAGGGAAUGUCAGAGUGUUUUCACUGAGACAGAAAAAUAAGAAUUAUUUGAGGUUUGGGGGGGUGGAGAAGGAGAGGUUUUACAGGUUGGAGGAGUCCCAGGAAUGCUGGUAGAUGUGCUAGGAGCUGUAUAAAAUACAGAAAUUUGUGGAGCUGAUAACUAAAAUACUCCCAUUUUGCAGCCUGGCAGGAGAUAAUGUUCAUCUAGAUUGAUUUCAUUUGCAUAUUUCAUGUUCUAAUUCUGAGCUGAACAUCCCUCCUCCAGAUUACAUAAAUCCAAAAUAGCUGCAGUGGCUCAGAUGUAAUGUGGGGAAAAAAUAUCUGAGUGUUUAAAAUUAGACACUUAAAAAAUGAUGCCAAUUAAACAAACAAACCACCACAUCUUUUAAGGUACUUUAAAAAAGAAGUCAUGCCAGCAGGUGGUGCUGAAUUGCUGUAAAUAAAUUGCCAUGUGAAAUCCUGGGUUCACUCUCAAAUUCUGAAAACUGUCUUUUUUAAAAAGCAUGCUUUGGAUCAGCCUAAUUGUCUUUUAAAAAAGAAUAAUACAGACAGUCCUUAAAUGUCAAAGGAUUAUGGACUUGACUGAAUGAAAAUUAAUGAAAAAUAAUCAGAAGUGUGUUGUUUUUAUUUUAAAUGACAGGAUGGCAAAUGUGCUUUGCCUGCUGUAUUUAUUUAAUUUAAAUGUGAGGAGCAUAGGCUUGGCCUGCUCUGUUACUGUAAAUUCUCCAAGUGCCUCACUUGUGGUGUCUCAUCUUGUAAAAUCAUCUUAAAUAGUUCUGUUUUUAUUUCCAUGCUGUACAGACUGAGGGAUAAAACCUCUCUCAUUUUUUAAGCAAGCCUCAAUGCCAAAAUAAAACUUGGACUGAAACAUUAA